AUGACAAUGGGAGACAACAAGAAUAUUCUUCAAUCUGUUGAGCAGUUCAAGUGCAAUGAGAUAGAGCUGUCUAGGUGCAUUCUGGUUCAUUUGCACAAUCAGACGGCCGUAGACUACACGUCAGUGCAAUUCUAUGAGAAUUGGACUAAGGGAGCAAAGGACAAAAAUAUCAAGACUGUUUUAUUGAAUUACACCAGUAGUGAAAUAACAGUUGAUGAUGAGAUGAUUCUGGUAGUGAAUGAUCCAGAAGAUUGUUCUAUUGAAUUCACCAAUGAUGGACCAGUUACAUUUAUAGUAUGA